CAAAUAAUUGUCAAAUUCUAAAAAUGUCAUAUGAUAAGCUGUCAAAAUUCAAAAUAUAACCAAAAACACCAUGUGCGUUGAGAUGUCACACGGUGUUUGAUCGGAAAAUAGUUGCUGUAAGUGAUUAUUGUGCCAUGGAUUACGUAGUAGGAAGCGUGGCAGCCCUAAUUACAGGUAACGUGACACCACAUCGUCCCACUAGACUCAACAAAAUUGCCUUAACACCAACAAAACAUCAACCUUCACCGAACGUUACUCCAAAGAGUGAGUUUGUCGACGAUAGGUCCAUAUUUCUUUCACCAAGUAUGCAGAAAAAGAAGGCUAUAGUGAAGAAGUCGCCAAAGAGGAUAUUCCAGAAUCCAGAUUUAGAUACAACAGAGAAUGGUGAAGGAAAUGCGAAUCUCUCUAGUCCUAAGGCAGACAAAGUGAAGAAACAUUUGAAAGAUGAUUUAGAAGCUGGUAGUACUACUAAUCAGAAUGUUCCGAAGUCUCCAAAAGGUAAAGGCAACAAAAGAGAAUCAGUAAAUCAAGAGGAAAGUGUAAUUGAUCAAGAUAGUAAUGAAAAUACUCCUAAGAAGAAGAAAAAGAAACUGCUCUCUGAAUCAGAGACUGCAACACAGCCUACAGAGUCUCAAAGUGCUGAGGUUGCAGCAUCUGUAACCAAAAGCCCCAAAAAGAACAAACAAAGACGUAAAUCUGUUGCGGAGCCAGACAGUAACAAAGAAAAUGGUGACACUGAAGAAGUUAUACAACCUGAAACAACAAAAAGCCCUAAGAAACAGAAUAAUAAAUCAAAUAAUACUGAGACAGAAGAAAAAAGUUCAGAAAUCACAGAAACAAAUAGCACUAAUUCACCUAAGAAGAAAAAUAAGAAACGCAAGAAGAAAUCAAAGGCACAAACUGUAGACAGUAAAGAGAACACAGAAGAGAAAGAACUAAAUACUCCUGAAGCAGCUAUAGAAGAAAAUGUUAAUGAAACAGAAGAAAAAGAAAAUAAAAAAUCAAAAAAGAAAAAUAAAAAGAAGAAAGCAAAAUUAAUAGAGAAUGUGGCAGCAAAUAUGGAAACUGAUGAACAGGAACCGAAUGAGAGUGAAAAUGAAGAUGAAUCUAGUACCACAGUUAACCCAAAUGCUAUUACAGAUAAAGAUUCAGAUUCAGAACAUGAUUCUGAUGAUGAAAUUGAUUCAGAAAAUGAGGAAAUUAACAAAAAGGUUCUUGAACAAGAGAAACAAGAAAGCUCUGAUGAGGAAGAAGAUGAAAAAGAAAAGCCUCAGAAAGGAGAAAAGAAAAUAGCAGAGAAAGCAGAAGAGAGUGGAGUUGAGAGGAGUACAGAGGAUGAGAUUAAGAGGACACUGUUUGUUGGGAAUGUACCUUUCAGUGCGAAAUGUAAGAAGGAAGUCAAGAAGAUAUUCAGUAAACAUGGGCAGAUAGAAACUAUUAGAAUUCGCACAGUUCCUGUAAAGGAUGGCCGGUACACCCCCAAGUUGGCUGUGAUCAAACAUGAGCUGCAUCCUGAGAGGACCACAGUCAAUGUUUACAUCAAGUAUGCCAGUGAACAUUCUGUAGAAAAGGCAUUAGUGGAAAACAACACAGUACUGAAUGACCACCAUCUUCGAGUCUCACGGAGCAGCAGUACAGGUGCCGAACAUGAUCCCAAGUGCUCCAUCUUCAUUGGAAACCUACCAUUUGCUAUGGAGGAUGAGGCUCUGAGGGCCAAAUUUGAGAAGUGCGGAGAGAUACACUCUGUCAGAAUUAUCCGGGAUAAAAAGACUAAUGCAGGGAAAGGUUUUGGCUACGUAAACUUCGAAUCAAAAGAUGGCGUCGAACUAGCUCUAGCAUUAACCGAAGAAGAUUUGACAGUCAAAAACAGAAUAUUACGCGUCAAACGAUGCACACAAGUCACAAACAAGAAGAAACCGGAUCAAACCAGUAACAACCAGAAUAACCAACCACAGAGAGGUUUUAGAGGAAACCAAGGGCAUCAAAGAGGGAAUUUCAGACCUGGGAAUCAGAUAGACCAGAGGAAUGGUCCUCCCGGUCGCUACAAUCAGGGUAACAGACAAAAUGGCCCUCCGAGUCGUAAUAAUCAGGGUAAUAGACAGAGGAACUCGUUUAGAGGGGAUAAUAAUCAACAGGGAGGGUUCAACAAAUUUGGCGGUCAGAGACAUCAGUCACAGAGGGAGGAGGGACAUGAUGGAGCUCAUAGGAGGAUCAUGAAUAAGAGGAAGAGUCAGGAAGGUACAGGUGGCGAUGGGCCUCCUAACAAGAGGCCGAGAGACGAGAACCAGCCUAACAAAGAGAAGAAACCAAGAAAGGAAUUCGUAGGCAUGACGGCUGAAAAGAAGAAGAAACGCAAGUUUGACAAGGGACAGAAGAAGAAGAAGGCUCUGAGCGAGAUUUUAACAAAAUAGUGUGAUAAUAAUAAUAAUUAAGUGAUUCUCUUCCAAGUGUACUGUGACGUAUGUAUUAAGUUAUUGUUUUAUCAUGAUGUGCAUUAAAGUAAUGAACAUUUAA